GAAAGAAACUCAACGAGCCAAUCAAGGGAGGGCAGGAAAGUUCCUCAAGAAAGCCCCUCACCUCCCACCAAUCAGUAGCUUACAAGACCUCCUUAGUUAAAGAAUUAACCAAUCCCCUUAAGCUUCCCGCUUCCCCCGCUAUACGGUAUAAAAAUAGAUCGCCGCCAUCACUCGGGGCUCUGUCCGCACGGCCACUAGGUUGUGUGGAGGGAGUCCCUGCCGGAGCUUGUAAUAAAGUUCCUCACUGCUUUUGCAUCGACCCGCGGCUCCUGUGGUGUUUGGUGGGAUUCCGCGAUCCAGGUGCAACAUUUUGGGGGCUUGUCCGGGAUCCCCCGGGCCCUCCAGGAUCCGCGCUUCAGAGGACGAACGGCCGCCUAAAGGAACGCGUCGUGUUGCUCGCUGAAAUCUUCUGGCUGGCCCGGCAAGUGGCGCCCAGCGUGGGGCUCGACAAAAGUUCCUUGCGGCUGCUGCCUGUUGAAACUAUUAAGAACGCCGAAGCGCCGCGCUGGCUCCCAGAAAGGUUGGUACGCGCGGUGGAGGCGAUCGCUGGUGGAACAAAUGAGAUGACUUAUGAUCCAGGAGACAGCCCCGCUACCAACAGCCCAGCAGAUACAGGCGCUGUUACAAAUGGCGUGUGAGAAUUCUCCGAAUCUUCCCACCGCUUCGCCUACUAAUAUAUUGAUUUCUCUAUUACUUCUUUUAAACCAGGUAAGUUCCAUGGAAGCCAGUGUCUUCUGGGCAUAUGUUCCUGAUCCCCCUCUUUUGCAGCCUGUUGGAUGGGAAAUGAGUUCCGUUCCUGUGUAUGUGAAUGACACAAUACUUCUGGGGGGGUUUUCUGAUAAGCAUAUUUUUCCACAGAAUGCCAGCAUUUCUUAUACGGGAUCCUCUUCACAAUUACCAAUGUGCUUUUUCUGAAAUCAUAAUGUUUCAGGAUGUCUUACUGUUACAGAUGCAGGAUACUUUGCUUAUGAUGAUGACCAUGGCAGUAGUUGGAUAAUGGAUAUUCCUAGCAUUACGAAAUCCACAGGAUACGCAUGACGAGUCAAUGGAACUGGACCUAAAGACAUUCCAUUUUGUGGCCUGGGGGUAAAAGGACGAUAUAUAGCUGUGCCAUGGAAACUUUGUAGAGAUGAGACUGCUACUGUAUAUUCUAUUACUAAUGACACACAUUCCCUUUGGGAUUGGUCGCCAGACUCCAACAGGGACCCCGGAAAGGAAGGCAGCAGACAAUUUGCAGCCAGAAUUUGGAAUCUUGGCGGUACCAUGGUGUACCAGACCGAGAUAUGGAAGCUGUUGGCCGCUUUCGGAACAGAUGGGUCCCUUUUGCAGACCCGGAGGGAAGACCAAAGGAGUACGAUCCUGGAGAGCACUUUGGUGGAAUGAGACUUGGAGAUAUCCUCGGGCCUGUGUACCCUGUCCCUUUAUGAUCCUUGUUGGCUCUGUGACUCUUUCUAAAAAUGCUAGCCUAUAUCAUGCUCAUUGUUUUAAUUGUACCCUGACUAAUUGUAUAAGAGGUAUGAAAAAUAAUUUUGGGGCUCUGAUAGUCAAACAACCGCCCUUCGUCAUGAUGCCUGUGAACCUCACUGAACCUUGGUAUGAGGAGUCAGGGCUUGAGCUGUGGAAUAAGAUGCGUACAGCCCUUGCUAGGCCACGAAGGGGGAUAGGAUUAAUAAUUCUAGGAAUAGUAACGCUUGUAACUUUAAUUGCUUCUGCUGUUACUGCUUCUGUAUCUUUAGCUCAAUCUGUGCAUACUGCUAGCAUUGUAGACGAUUUAGCAAAAAAUACUUCUAAAGCUUUAGGAAUUCAAGAAGAUAUAGAUAGAAAGUUGGAGGAUAGACUAAACGUGCUUUAUGAUGCAGUAAGAUUUUGGGGGGAGGAGGUGCAAGGGUUAAAGCUAAGAACCAAAAUUAGAUGUCAUGCUAACUAUCGUUGGAUUUGUGUUACGCCAAAAAUUUAUAAUAAUACCGAGACCCCUUGGAAUAAGAUAAAAUUACAUUUAGAUGGUAUUUGGCAUAAUGAAAACAUUUCCUUGGAUCUAUUACAACUUCAUCAGGAAAUUCUUGAUAUAGAAAAUGCUCCUCGGGCUAGUAGGGAUUUGGCAAAAAAUGCUGAAGAGUUUGUUAACAGUUUGUUUUCCAAUUUUCCCUCGAUAACCUCACUUUGGCAUCUUUUUUCGGGGGUCGUGGCCGCACUUCUGGUAUUAGCGCUUUUUGUGUGCAUUGCUCCUUGUAUCAUAAAGAAAUUUGUCAAAGAGCUGUGGGACAUCAAGGCUGUCCUACACAGUAAUUACUUACGCCAAAAAAAUCAGGCAUUUCCUCUUAUUAAAUAAAAGAGGGGGAGCUGCGGGGAGCGGCCUGAACCAAAAGGCUGACUCUGGGAGCUGCCUUGAUCCUCAAGGGUCUGUUCGCAGACAUAGCUCUCUGUCCCGCCACCCCUCUCUGGAAUUUAUUAUCCAAGUUAAAUCUUAACAGAACAUUAGCAAGCCUUGAAUGCACACAUGACGCAGAUGGAUAAGCCUUUCACGACCACCCUUAAGAUAAACGGGAUGCCCUUCUUAUCCCUUGAUGUUGUCAGAGAGUUCUGGUGAUUGUUAUCUCAAAGUGAUGUUUAUGGAAAAAUAUUUUCUCUGCUUAAGAUUCUCUUCUUGGUUUAGUAUAAAUGUAACCCUGAGAAAUAAAGAAUCAUCGCUGAC